AAAAGUCGUUACAUAUUUACGUAAAUAGUGGAAGAUUAUACGCAAAAAUGGCGAAAACCAACUAUUGUUGUUCUGCCAAGCAAUAUUACUCACAUAUGUCAAAUCUGGUUGACACGCUGAUUAUAGUGCCACGUGUUAUUAUUUGCAAAAAAAUUAAUAAAAGAGAAAUGUAUACUCAAGUCAUUACUGUUAAAAAUAAGGGAUUAUAUCCACGGAAUUUAAACUAUUUCACGGAUAGUUUAAUGGAUACAAAUAUUAUAUUUCCACUCUCAUGGGAGCACGUCUACCUGCAACCGGAUGAAAUUUUCGAAUUCAAGGUUGUAAUUACACCAAAUGAAAAUAGCCUGCACAAUGCUAUAAGACACAUUUUUAUCGAAUCCGAGCAUCCAAAUAUAACAUUUGAAAUACCCAUUAUUGUAUUAAAGGGGAUGAACAAAUGCUAUGUGCCAAACUCAAUUGAUUUCCCCUCCACCGUGCCAAAUGAAAUUUCUUACUAUGACUUUAUCGCUUAUAAUCCAACCAAGAAAGCGCUAAAAUUUUUAUUUAUGAGCAAAUUGAAAAACGUGAAAGUAAGCCAAACGAAAACUCAAGUACCACCGCAUGAGCACUUGAGAAUAUUACUAGCGCUCAAGGUAACUGAAUCAAGACUUACCCAAAAUAUUAUCAAAAUCAAAGUAGACACGGCUAAUGUGGAGUUGAAAAUAAUGCAUAUUCCAUUACAUAAUUCCUAUUACAUAAACACAAAUUUCAUAAAUUUUGAGGAGUUAAAAUAUGAACGUGAAUCAACGCGAAAUUUUAUGAUUUGCAACGAAGGAGAAGACGACAUAAAUAUUAUGACUAAAUAUCUUACCGAACAAUCGCAAUUGGAUGAAAAGUAUGAAUUCGAACUUGGAACAAGACGUUCACGCAUCUCUUCUGUGCUGAGUUAUUCCUCCUUUACAACGCUAUUACAGGCUAUGGAGCCAUCGUGUGUUUUAGUUGCUUAUAAACACUUUCGCUUGCAUGAAGAGAGUUUCAUAAUUAAAGGCAAAAGUUCCAAAGAAAUAAAUAUUACCUUCCAUCCGGUUACGCUGGCCGAAUGCGAUUUCAAUGAAGAGACUGUCUCUCCGCAUAGAGUGCGUACACAAUUAUUUUUAUCAAUCCAACAAGAGAAUGAUUCGGUAAAUCGUAAAGCAAUUAACAUUCAAGGGUUUAUAAUUGGGCCACAAGUCGAGAUGACACCAAAAGAGAUAUAUUUGCGUAAUGUUUAUAUGGGUGAAGAGCAUUGCACACUAGUCAAGGCGCUGAAUAUUGAUGGUAAAAUUAAUGCUCACAUAAAAUUCAAGGAUGUUUAUAAUGCCGAUACUGCCGGCGCUGUUGUGACACCAGAGGAGGGUUACGUUUUAGAGCCUUGCAAAAGUGGUAUUUUUCGUAUAUCAUUUUUUGCACGAGUCGUAGGAGCUUUUGUGGCUAAAUUACGUUUCAAGAUCAAAAAUGGUGACGUCGAAGAAAUCAAUAUAAAAGGUCAUUCACUCCAUGCACGCGUCAAAAUGUUUCCCGAUGAAUUGUAUAUUGGACAUGUACCAUUUGGUAUACCAUGCAAACGUUUCAUAUUGAUAGUGAAUCCCUUUAUGGUACCGGUGGCGGUACAAUUUUCCGUUGAACAAGAUGGCGAUGAGAUACCGUUGGUGUUGAAUGUUGACGACGCUGAUGGUCUACCAGUAAUAACCGUUAAAGAUUAUAUAACCGCAAUGAUAUCAAUGGCCGAGGAAGAAAUCGAUGCACACCCACUAGAAGAUCAAGUGAUACAAUUGACAAGUAAGGAGGAGUCUUUGCUCUCCUAUCGUUCGGUGAGCACGGAAAUUUCCACAUGUAGCUCAUAUUUUGAGGAGCAGAUCAUAGAGAACAUACCCGAUAUGGCAUUCACCAUCGUAAGGAAAUUAAGGGAGACACGCCAUUUGGAACAAAAAGAAGCCGAGGAAUAUGUUGUUAACGACACCCUAGAGGUGCUCUUGAACACUAACUACUUUGGCUCACUAACACAGUUCGCGAACUAUGCUCAAAUGGAUUGGAAUAUUAUACCAUUUAAUCCAAAAGAGAUUUAUUGUGAUAGAGAAAUUAUUUAUCUACAACCGAACGGCAGCAAAACCGUUACCGUGUUACUUAUACCGAACCGUGUUGGCCAGUUCAGUCGUUCGUUGAAUGUACGCAUUUGCCCGAUAACCGAGCCGAACUUGGCCUCGAAGACAACCGAUGUCGAUUGGGAUGUACGUGAGAAAUUCUUUGUACAUUCGAAAAUGUUUACGGCGAAAAUUUGGAUGGAAUAUGCGUGUCGUUUGCCAGUUAUCAAUUUCACACAGGUCAUUAAUUAUGAAACGGCAAUUACUUAUAUCGACGAUAUGAUUUCAUGCGCUAUGCUGUUCAAGAACUCUUCAAGUAUACCGGGAUUUUUUUACUACGAUGUUAUACCUGCAGAUGAUUCAGGCGAAAUGAUAUUUCCCGAUAAUAUUUUGAAAUUUUUCAUACCCUCUAAGGGUAAUGUUGUUGUGGAAUGUACGGUAAUCUUCCAUCGGUUGGGCAGAGUGAAGCUCUCUGGACUCAUAAAAAUUGUUGGCAACCUAAACGGUUCACCAUUUCAUAUUAUCGCUGAUGUAAAUCCCGUAAAAAUUCAUGUUUCUCGCACAUAUAUUUAUCGACGUCAAAAGGUACUCGAGAGAACCGUAGAGAGCAUUAUCAUAACUAAUGAGACGCCAACGAUAACAAGAUUCACAAUGAAAUUGAAAAGCUCCAAGCAUCAAUAUAUCGAACCGAGUGGCGCCAUGCUCGGACCUGAAGGUCAAGGCACAUAUGUGUCAAUUUUCUCAAAAUUCCACGAUGCUGAUACCUACCACAACACGCUAGUCAUAAACGUGGCCAAUUGUGACACUAUAGAAAUACCACUAACCUAUGUCGUAGAAGGUUCACCCGUACUCGUUGAUCCGAAUAUUUUUUAUGGUCACGACUGUGGUACAAUUAUGGUGAAUUGUCAGGAAAGAUACGGUUCGGAUACGCCAAAGUAUAUACAAGAAGUGAAAUUGACUAAUAAAGGCAAACAUCGGUACUGUCUCCACAUCGAUAAGUUGCGUAAUAAUUUAACUAAAUGCGCCAUUGAACUCGGCCAGGGACAUCUGACUGUGUCACCCAAGAUGUUGUGUCUUGAACCACAAUCCGAAAAUAAAAUAUAUAUAACAGCAAAGUCGUGUGAGGCAGGCGUAAUACAUAAUGAAUUUCUCGUGAGAACUAUCGAUCAGGAGCACAAGUUGAAGGUGCACACAGCCCGCUUUGUAGCCACUGCCACAUUUGUCGAACCGGAGCUGCAUUGGUGUCAGAAACAAAUACAAAUGGAAUACACUAGAACGCAUAUCUAUAAGGAGCAUCCAGUGCUGGCUAUAGCCUGUUUGAAGAAUAUGGGAAACGUAGAGUGUAAUGUUUCGCUGAAGAUCGUCGGACCCUUCAAGAUAAAACAUUUAUUUGAGCAUAGUUUUACAAAAAUCGUACAUUUUCGUAUGGCUGGCUUAGAGGAGAAAGAAAUAAUAAUAUCACUACAUAAAGCGGCGAUCCGGGAUGAAUUUUGUUCCACCGUUGAUGGGCGCAUACUGUGCGAAGCCAAUGAUAAAUAUCAGAGAUCUCUGCCAUUAAAGUUGCUUAUUCGUAGUCCAGAAUUGAAAAUCACACAACCGGAUAUGAUACUAUUCACACGAGAACGAGAGAGUCUCACUUAUGUAGAGCUGCGAAAUAUUUCUUGUUUGAAUGCCCAAUACAAAUGGAAGAAAGUCGAAGAGAAGACGACAUAUGUUUCUGAUUAUGAUGACACCUAUAGAUUUUCAGUUGACAUACUCUCCGAAAUCCUACGUAUGUUAGAUAUUUACGACAGCGAUUCGGACACGGACUCCCUGUACGAACGUAAUAUGACAUUACGUUAUCAGAAAUUUCGUUGUCGUUUGCAUAGGCUCGAAGACCCAAUAGGUAUUAAGGGUAUUAUCGAUGAAAUUAUCGAUAAUUUGGAUUUAGAACAUAAACGUUAUAUGAUGACAAUGGAUGAACAGGAUGAUGGUGACUCUUGUUUGAGUGCGAGACGUUGCAGUUCCGGUGAAUUUGUGCGUAAAACUGUAGAUGCCCUGUUACACGGCUUGAAGUUGGAGGAUUCCUAUGACUUAUCGCAGGAGAGUGUGGAGGAGUGUGAUAGCAAUCGAAGGAUACAUUUCAUCGAAAAAACUGGUAACGUCGCCAAAUUUACUACUGCACAAUCGGCGUUGUUUCUACCGCCUGUGAAACCGGGUUAUGCCAAGACGGCUGUAUUUAUUCUUGAUACAGUGGGCAGUUGUCAUCAGCAAUUCGACAUAACCCUUAUAAAUUUGGAGAGGGUGAUGGAAUUUUCAUCUGAAAGCUUAUACCUUGGUGUCUUGCCUUGGUAUGAGCUCUUCAAGACCUCGGUGCGCAUAAUCAAUGUGACUCAAUAUCCCAUCACAGUGAGUAUAAGUCACAAAACAGUUAUGGAUAAAAAUCAACGUCUCAGUCUGGGUUAUGCUAAAAUCAUUGGCAACCGUACUUUCGAUAUUUGUAAAUUCAAAUCGAAAAUUUUGUCACUCGAGGGAUUGAUGGGCUUCUCCGAACAAUUCGCGCACGACAUACAGGUUACCGCUAACAAGAGUGAAGAGCAGAUAAUACAUCUACGUGGACAGGGUAUUAUGCCUAUCAUCGAGAUAACCACGAAAUUGCCACGUCCCGAACAGGCACGUGAUGAAAUCUUAGGCGAAUAUGAAUUGCUGCAAGGAAUCUAUUACUUUGAAGUAUUCAAAUCGAUCACCGAAUACGAUGAGGAUAUGCCAGCGCCAAGAGAGGAGGAUAAUGUGAGUUUGUUAACUACUAAAUACUCAAUCAGCACCAUACGCACGGACAGUACGAAGAGUACGUCGAGUAGCCGCGAGGCGCGUUUCUAUCGCAUGAUGAAAACUUACGUUAUUAUCAACAACAACGCUGAACUACCACAUGCGAGCGUUUUGCAGCAGCUAAUCGAAACGCAAAAGUUUCUUCGGCAAUUACGUGAAAAUCCCAAAACGGUAGCAAUGUUGCGUAGAGUGCAUCAGGACUAUUUGAAAUUGAUCAACAUCUAUGGUGAAACCAUGCCAAUCAAUUUGAAGCAUUUCACCACACAACCACUGCCGUUCCAGCAACAGGGAUUUGUCUUGAACAUGAAUGUGUUGGUUUUGGGUCAGUUGAGAAAAUUCAUCAUCGAUUUGCAUUUCCAUGGACCUGGAAAAUUGAUUGCAUCUGUGCGCACGGCGGUGAAAAUACCCGGUUUAUAUGUAGACUUCGAAGUGAAAAAGAGUGAGGAUCAUGAUUAUCUCUUUUAUGCGGCUGAAAAGAAAUCACCCAGCUUAUUGGGCAAACGCUAUCGCAAUAUGUACGAGCGUGUCAUCGAUGCGGAAACAGAUCCGAAGGUUAAACAUGCACACUCCUUUGACUUCGACAAGAGGGAGCAACACACGCGCUUGGAAGUGGGCGCUAAGGAACGCAAGGAGCUACAAAACUAUUAUAACAGUUUAAAUAAAUCCGUUUACGAGGAUCAUAGACAUCACUUUACGCUUUGCAAAAUAUUCAGCAAUAGCAAAACGAACUAUUACAGCGGCGAAGCGCGUAUUGUGGUGCUGAUAAAACCCGAGGCGAAGUACUAUGAGGAGGGACAAAUAAUCGAGGAUUAUCUAUACAUUGACCUACACCUCGGCCCCACACUACCCAUUCUGCUGAGAGGCAUGAUUUCGAAGCACACAAUAAAAUAGUCAAACAACUCAAAAUAAUGAAUGGC